GAAUAUUUUAAUCCACAAAAUAAAAAUGUUGAAAUGAAGAUCGCAUCACAUAGCCUUUCCCAGUUGCCCUUCGAUUCAACCCUCUUCAUCGGUGGUGCAGGGCGUGCAGCUGCUGCUCCUCCUUCUUCCUGUUUUGCGAAUCAUUUCACCGGUGAUCGGGUGGUCCAAUCCGGCCACUGCUCUCUUUUCUUAAUUCGUGGGCUAGGGGCUAGAUCUUGCAUCUUAAUUCUCUUCACCCCUCUCCAGCAACCCAGCUUCAUCUCCAGUAGCGAAGCUCCGUCCCCAACAGCGGAGCUCCGUCUCCAACAGCCUAGCUUCGUCUCCAGUAGCCAGCUCCGUCUCAAGUAUCUUUGCAUGAAAAUUCCUUUUCUUGUGGUUCUAGCAAUGGCACAGGAGACUCUAUUGGAUCCAGCUCUUCUUGACAAAGAUGAUUAUGAUAUGGAUUGGGCAACUAUUGAUGAGUCUUUGCCAAAUCAAAAUCUUGAUGAUACUGAUAAUAUUGUUUACGAUGAGAAAGAUAUCCCACCGAUUCCUAAAAAUGAAAAUGAAAAUGAACAAGUUUGGGUUAGGGUUGAUAAAGUUACAAGUUAUGGAAUUCCUCCAAACGAGGAUCCUUAUAAUUAUAUUCAAGAUAUUUGGUAAUGUUUUGAAAUUAAUUAUGCUGUUCAUUCGUAAUUUUUCCUUGAUAUAAACAAGUGAAGAACCCUUCUGAUGAACCCUUGUGAUGAAUGUUUUUAGUUUUUCUAAAUUAAAUAUGAUUUUCUAUU